AGCAGAGCAGUCAGUGCGAUUAUAGACAUCGGUGGCAAAGGUUGUUGUGAAUAUUUUUGCAGUGCGAAAAACACGAGCGAACCGAACGUGCUUUUGCCUUCACAUUUAUCGCAAGCUAAAGAUGCGGUCGCACUGGUUCUCCCUGCUGUUUGUCAUCCUUCUGGGCCACCAGGGAUUAUCUAAUCCCAUUGCCAGGGAAGCCAAGGUGGCCACCGAGUUCAUCAUCCUUCAUAAUAAUGACAUGCAUGCUAGGUUCGAGCAGACGAGUGUCAACAGUGGCGCCUGCUCCCCGGAGGAUGCACACACGGACAAGUGCUAUGGAGGUUUCGCCCGAGUGGCUUACGAAGUCCGUAAAUUCCGCAAGGCAGCCCAGGAGGGAGGUCUCCCCGUGUUCUAUCUCAACGCAGGUGACACCUACACGGGCACAGCCUGGUUCACCAUCUUUAAGGACAAGAUAGCCAGUGCCUUCCUCAACAAACUUCAGCCCGAUGCCAUAUCCCUGGGCAACCACGAGUUCGAUGAGCGAGUCGAGGGUCUGAUACCCUUCCUCAACGAAGUCAACUUUCCGGUUUUGGCCUGUAACCUGGACCUGUCAAAGGUUCCCCAACUGAAGGCCACCAAGCAUCUGGCGCACUCAACCAUUCUAGAGACCAAUGGCACCAAGAUAGGUGUUAUUGGCUACCUAACCCCAGACACCAAGAAGCUUACACUCAACAUGGAUGUGGAGUUUAAAGAGGAAGUGGAGUCCAUCAAUGCCGAGGCCAAGUUACUUAAAGCUCAAGGCAUCAAGAUCAUCAUCGCUUUGGGUCACUCUGGCUAUCUAAAGGACCAGGAGAUUGCCCAGAAAUGCCCUGAAGUGGACAUCGUCAUCGGUGGCCACACAAACACCUUCCUCUACAACGGAGCCCAGCCAGAUGCGGAGCACAUCGACGGUCCCUAUCCCACGAUGGUUAAGCAAAAGAGUGGCAAGGAGGUGCCUGUGGUGCAGGCCUAUGCCUACACCAAAUAUCUGGGACGUCUUCAUGUCCAGUUCGAUGAAGCUGGCAACCUAAUCGAGUUUGAUGGUGCUCCCAUUCUGCUGAAUGCUUCGGUGGCUCAAGAACCUGAUCUCCUUGAGCUGUUGGAGCUGUACAGACCGAAUGUAACCCGGCUGGAGAAGUCGGUGGUGGGACACACAAAGGUUCAUUUGGAGGGCAGGAAGGAGGUGUGCCGGGCCAAGGAGUGCAAUCUGGGUAAUCUGGUGGCCGACGCCUUUGUCUUCAGCCGAAUGAUGGAGGAUCAGGGUGGUGAUUUCUGGACGGAUGCUGCCAUUUCCCUUAUACAAGGCGGAGGCAUUCGCAGCUCCAUUGAAAAGCGUUCCGAUGGCUCCGUCACCGACAGCGAUCUCCUCUCCGUGCUGCCUUGGGGCAAUGAUCUUUUUAUGGCCACCAUGACGGGUAGCUCUAUCCGACGGGCUCUCGAGCAUGGAGCUUCUCUGAUGGGCACGGACUCAGACGGUGGCUUCCUGCAGGUUUCCGGUCUCCAAGUAGUGUUCAAUGUCGCCAAGCCCAAGGGUCACCGUGUCGUCUCCGUCCAGGUGCGCUGUGCCUCGUGUCAGGUACCCACCUAUAGCCCCUUGAAUGAUACUGCCUUCUACAAUGUGAUUGUGGGAGAGUUCCUGCUGGACGAUGGUGAUGGUCACAAGAUCAGGGAUGGGGUACACACGCCACAGCGCCUGCAGAGAAACGACAAGGAGGCGGUAUCCUUCUACCUGGAGCAGCGGAACUUUGUGAAUCCGGGCAUAGAGGGUCGCAUUGUCUUUGUAGGAUCUUUGGCCAGUGGACUGAUGGGCUCCGCAUCCCUGCUCCUCAGCUCUUCCCUCCUAAUGCGAGUGCUUAGCUAGGGAAUUACUUAUUAAGAAGCUCAAGUUUUUAUUUUAUAUUUUAUGGAAUUUAAUGAUUACAAAUGUCAAUUAAAACAAGAGUUAUUUUUAAAAUGUA